AUGGACAUCGACUCCUCAGAUUACGAGGAGUCUGAGGCCAGUAGCCUCUCUUUGGUUAGCCGGCACGUUAACCGCUUGCAGCUCGAUCUCAACACCUUGAGAGCGCACGUUGCUGCGUGCGAGCGACGCAUCAGGGCCCUGGAGCAGCAGGCUCCCCCUCCGACGCCUGCGCCGGUGCAGUUUAGCUUUCUUGGCUCUUUCUUUCAGUGCUGUCUUGGUCGCCAGCUGCAAUGGGGUGUGGCGGUAGCAGCCUCAGAGGCAGACUUGUCAAACCGUCAAGAGUGCAUGGAUGUGACGGCAGCAGCUUCAGAACCAGACUUGUCAAAGCUUCAAGAGACCAUUCGCGAAGCAAUCUUCUCAUGCAGUGAGCCGCAGGUUCUUCAGUUGCCUUGGGAAAUGCCGGGUUUGAAUUUGAUUUUUGGCAAGGGUGCUUUAGAUCAGCUUCUGCCUGCUGAGCCUCCCAAAAUAGUGUUCCCAGUCCCUACAGCGGCAGAUGCUCCGAUUGAGGAACAGGCCAAGGCUGCAAAGAGGGUUAAGACGGCCGCUUUUGGGCAGCCUUGCUUCCGUGGGUGUGUGAACUUCAAGAACGUUCUUUCGGAUGCUGAGCUUGAAGCUGGAGCCUGGCAGAGAUCUCUUGAGAAGUGGCAUUUUCUUUUGACCUUAGAUCCUUCGGUUUCGCUUGUGGGUUCUUCCUUGGCCGGCAUGGGAACUGCUGAUGGCAUGCAGUCCCUACGCGAACUGUUUGGCAGGAAGAAGGUAGCCACUGUGAGUAAGCGUGCAGCAUCAUUGCUUAAGUACGUAAAGUUCAUGCAGGAGUGUCGGCCCUUUUCAGGCCCCUUUCCUUUUUCCACCGAAAAACGUGAUGAGUAUGUCAGGCACUUGAGGGCUUGUGAGGCCAAAGUCGGCGCUGUUGACGGGUUCACUGAAUCGGUGAGAUUCGCGAUCCACGUUGUGGGAGUCAGUUGCCGCGGGCCUUCCGACAAAAUUUUUAGCCCUUGGUCGAUUGGUCUUAAAGGCCUCAUGCAGUCGCAGAAGGCAGAGCGUGUGAGUGCACUUGUUUUGUCUGUGGAGCAAGUCUCUUUCCUCGAGGCGUGCUUGGGCAACACAGAGCUUGAUGCCAAGGACCGUUAUGCCUGUGGCGCUUUCUUGUUUUGCAUCUACAGCAGAAGCCGAGUCGGUGAUGUGAAGAAGAUCCACAGGUGUGUAGUGGAUACUGUGGACGCAGCUGGGGAAAUUCAGGGUUUUCUUGAAUGUGGUACUCGGGUGCACAAGUCCGCAAGGCAAGCAGCCGUGCAAGGAGUAUCUAUGCCUUUAGUAGCUCCUGUCUGGGGUGUUGGACCAGAGCCUUGGGGACCCAAGUUCGUGGCAAUCGCUGCUGAAGUCGGUUUAGCGUUCGACUCAGCUCGCGCGGGGCCUCUUCUUCCCGCACCGCUGGAGUCAGGCGAGUGGAGCCAGAGAGCAGUGACCACAGAUGAGGCUCAUGCUAUGGAGCCCAGCCACGAGCCCAGCCUCAGCACGGCCCCUCCUCACGUGCGUGAUGGUGGGGUUUUCGGAGACGAGACUCCUGUUGGGUCUGAAGGCGAGGCUCAGCACUACAGCAAGGCCGCAUGGACGCCUGAACGAGAAGCUCAGUCUUUCCUUGAUAACCAAUUCACCGGUGAAGCUGAGGACGAAGCUGAUGGAGUUGAGAGUCGGGCCCCCGAGCCCGCGCCAAGUUCUUCGUCUUCGUCAUCGUCGAGCGACUCGGACAGUUCUGAUGGGGAGCCCGGGACUGACUGGAUCGAUGCCUUCGAUUCUGGGCUCGGGAAUUCCCUUGAGAAGUCUAACCUCUCUGCGCCUGACAUGGAAUUUUGGAGACAUGAUAAAACUAUGACCAUCCACUCCAUUGCGGUUGGUGCUUCUGGAGAUGUGUUCACUUGUGGCCGUAAGAGAACAGGUGAUUACUCAAAGGUGACGCAAAGCGCUUUUCUGGAGACUCGUGCAAUGGCGGGGUUGCCUGUGGCAACGUCCUUCACGGAAUCCAAGCCUGCUUUCGCUAAGAGAGCUUUGGAGGUCGGGCUCGCGCAAGCCGAAGUGGACCAUCUUGUCUCCAAACAGGUUGACACUCUCUCGAAGUUAGCUUUUGUCCUGGUUCCUCCUGGGAAGGUUCCUGAGGACAGUGCAGUCGUUGGGCUGCUCCCAGUAGGUUCAAGUCAGGGAGCCAUAGCAGGGCUCAAGCGGCUUCUUUUCGAAGCCCAUACAUUGAUUGUGUCAGCCCUCAAACAAAAGGUGGAGCGCACUGAGGAGUCCUUGCCUCUCACUCUUGACAUAGCCGAGCGAGAAGAUCGUUUGGCAAGCCAGAAAACACGUUUGGGCGGGUUGACAUUUCAAGGUGAAGAGGAGGUUGCACAUGGUGCAUACGACCUUGUCUUCUCGAUGGCCCAGAAGAACGAGCUCAUUUGGUUGGCGCCUGAGAAGUUCAACACGCGGCGUGCAGAAAUCAGUGCCAAGAAGCCUUCUAAAGAGCUCGUCAUAGAUGGGAGCGGCGUUGCGGUUAAGGAUAAGCCCCAGGUCCUCAACUGUGCCAUCAACUCUGAACUAGACUUGGUUGGCCAUGCACUUGUUCAACGCCUCCAGGAGGCUCCCCCUCCCAACUAUGCCAAGGUCUCUAUUGCUCAGGUUCUCCGCGCUGAUCGAGCGGCAUUCCUCCGGCUGGCAGAGUUGCUGCCCACGUUGCGCCGCAGCGGCGUGGGCAAGCUUCCUUUGGACGAGCAGCUUCCCAACAUCCUGCUCGACCCUUCAGUCGUGACCGUGGAGGUCUUUUGCGGAACUGGGCGGCUCAGUGCUUCCCUUCGUAGUGAAGGUUUUGAUGCCUUCGGUGUUGACCAUGUGGCUUCUAUUGCACAUCUUUGGAGCAUCUUGAAGGAUCCCGCUGUCAAAUUCAUUCAUUUUGCGCCGCCCUGCGGUACCGCAAGCAGGGCCCGUGACAUCCAGUUUCCCGGCGCCCCACCUGUCCUCCGCAAUGAGAGCCACCCCGAAGGGGUUCCUGAUCUUUCGGAGAUCCCUGCACUCAGAGUGCAAAAGGCUAACAUGCUGUAUAAGUUGACUCUUGAGCUAAGUUCUUACUGUCUUCUGAACGGCAAAUAUUUUUCCUGUGAAAAUCCGAGCCGCAGCUACCUUUGGCUGCUUCCACAGUGGCAGCAGUUCUUGAAGCGCUCGGAUGUCUUUCAAACUGUCUUUCAUCACUGUGAGUUUGGUGGCAUGCGUCGCAAAGAGACGCUCCUGGUGCAUAACAUCCCCAAAUUCCGCGAGCUUCAUCGUUUGUGCUCUGGCAAACAUGUGCAUCUGGGCUGGGGCAAGGUCGGCCGUACGUGGGCAACCAGCGCUGAAACGGCCUACCCCUGGGGCCUCUGCAAGUGCAUGGCGAGCUUGCUGAAAGAUCACUUUUUGGAACUUGGCUGUCGCCCAUCUCCCAAAGCUAUCGAUGAAGGCGCACCCGCCAUCCAAGGUGCGCGUGCUUUCACUGGAGCCCAGACUCGCAAGCGCGUGCCUCCGCUGCUUAGCGAAUUUGCGUCGGUUCACACUGUCACUGUGCCUUCCAAUCUUGCCGCGUCUUUCUUGCGUCCUGGCCAAAAGCUCCCGUCUCCGUGGAAGCCCGGAGAUGAUGCUGCUUGCUCUCCGGCAAUCGAGUGCUUUCCGGCAGGCAGCCGUGUCCUUCGUGCCCAUGUGGUGCGCAAGGGGAUUGAGGUUGGCCCUAGUCCCACGGCUGUUUCCCCUAGUUCCGGUUUAGUCCCUGCAGCCCCUCGUGUGUUGGGUGCCGAGGGUUUUGAGAAAAGCAAUCUGCUGAAGCCUUCUAGCAGAAAGCGUCCUUUUGCUAAUGUUCUUGGAUGUGCUGAGGCUCCUCUCGGUCUGAAUCCUGACGAUACCGAGGUUCGAGAAGCCAUGAUGUCGGGUUCUGCCGAGCGAGUUGCUUCGCUUGUAAACAAGUUGCCUAAAGUACACCGCAAAGACUUGUCCUUGUUGCUUGACUUGCUUCCUUCAGAACCUCUUCGUUGGGAGGGCGAUGCUGGAGCGAAAUCGUUCCAAGGUGGCAGCUUUGUUCACGGCCCGAUGUGCGGGGUGCGAUCAACGACCAAGCAGUUCCCGGAAACUGUCAAGGCAAUGUGCUCUUAUGUCAAAGGCCUUUUUCCAGGUUUGGAGUUCGGAACUGUUGGGAUGUUCAGGGAUGUGUCUGCUCAGCCCCACCGGGACUCGAAUAAUGAAGUCUCCACAGACAAUGCGAUUGCUGCGCUAUCGGAUUUUUCUGAUGGCUCUGUGUGGAUGGAGGAUCCUGCGGGUGACGUCGAGCUUGAAAUCAAAGGUCGCGCAGUGAGAGGUGUUUGCAUUCCCGUCACCCAUGAAGGCUUCAGGUUCGAUGGCCGUCGCCUGCAUUGCACAAGGCCUUGGACAGGCCGGCGUGACGUUAUUGUUGCGUACAUGCCGAGGGGGCCUAAGAAACUUAAAGCUGAGCACGCCUCUUUCUUGGAGAGCCUGGGAUUUGUGCUUGAUCGAGCGGCUUCGGGGUCCCAAGUCUCGCCUGGGGACAUGACUAAGGCUGUCAUUGGUGUGUACCGGACACCAUCGCAGUUUGUUGAACAGGCAAUUAAGGUUGGGCACCCCACGCAGCUCUCCGCUCUCAUGCCUUCCGAGAUCUCCUGUGCAGUCCGGAGAAUCCAUAAAGAAGGUGAGGCCAAUGUGGCCAAGGAGCGCACCGCAACACUUCGCCGGUGGGUUAGCAGAGCAGCCGACUUAGAGCCAGCCGAGCGCGCGCUAAAGGCCGACCUUCCUCAGUUUCGAAAGGAUGUUCUUAGUCCUAAACGCCUCGCUCUUUUCGAGGAGCUGUUGCUUGAAGUGGGACAUGAGGACGUUGACCUUGUCAAAGACAUUGCCCAUGGGUUUGACUUGACAGGCAAGCUGCCUAGAUCAAAUGUUUUCGCUAAGCGCUUUCGUCCUGCGGAGCAGAGUGAAUCUCAACUUCGAUCCAGCGCUAAGAGGCUGCGUGAUGGUCUCUUAGCAACGAUCAAAGCUUCGGAGGAUCCUGUGAUUGACCAGGGUGUUCUUAAGGCGACGAUGAAGGAGCUUGAGCGCGGCUUCGUUGAUGGACCGUUGUCUCCAGACCAGAUCCCUGAAGAUGCGUCCUUAACACAUCGUUUCGGAGUCAUUCAAGGGAGCAAUGAAGACGGUCCAAAGGUGAGGCCCAUAGAUAAUUACCUGUCUUCCCAAGUCAAUGCCGCAGUCACGCAGGUUGAACAAGUCAGCGUGCACACCAUUGAUGUGGUGGCCGGGAUGCUGGCCUGUUGGUUAAAUGAGUGGUUCGUCAGCGGGCGCCCAGAGCACAGCACGCCAGUGUGCAAGGCGUGGGACCUGCGUACCGCCUAUAAACAACUUCCCCUUUCGGAUUUAGCUUACGCCUUAGAUAGUUUCUUUGUGCUCUUCAACAUUGAGCGUGGGACGAGCGAAAUCUAUCGCCAGAGGGUGCUUCCCUUCGGCUCAACAGCCAGCGUGACCAGCUUCAUAAGAACGGCUUACGCCAUUUGGAAAUUAGGUGCCGUAGGGUUGACUCUUGUCUGGAGUGAAUACUUUGAUGACUAUCUGAAUCUUUGCGGCAAGGCUUUUGCUCGGCAUAACGACUUUGUAAUCUCCAUGUUAUUCCAACUGCUGGGAUGGGAGAUCUCGAAGGAUAAGGAGCUCAGCUACGAUGCACUUUGCGUCGUCCUGGGAGUGCAAGUGAACCUUCGUGAUGCCAAGCUCGGUUUGGCUUACUUGGAGAAUACCGUGAAGAGGCGGACCGAGGCGUUGUGUGACAUUGAGCGGGCUUUAGCAACUGGUAAGCUUGAACCUAAAGAAAGUGAAAAGCUAAGGGGCCGGUUGCAGUUCGCUUGUUGCCAAAUUUUUGGCCGGCGACCAAAGGCGGCUUUGAAGUUGUUGUCGCAACACUCCAGGCAACGCAGAUGGGACGUCAGCCAACUCACGCGGCUCGCACUCACUCAGCUGAAAAGUUUCCUUGAAAGUUCCAAGCCACGUCCAGUCAGGGCGCGGCGUGAAGAUUUUGUCCAUGUGUAUGUGGACGCUUCCUUCGAGCCAAACGGCCAUUGUGGUUUAGGAGGAGUAGUCUUCAGUUCUUCUGGUGAGGCGUUGUGCUGGUUUGGUCAAGCUGUUGCCCCAGUACAUGUGCAGAAGCUUUUGAAAGCUGGUGACCGCGAAAGGGAGACAGUGAUCUUCGAGCUUGAGGCGCUUGUGCUCAGCAUUUGCCUCGAGGCAUUUCGCCCGUACGUCGAGCGGAAAGGUGUUGUCAUUUUCACUGACAAUGAGGGCGUGUUCGGAAGCUUCGUCAGAGGCCAUAGUGACAAUGCUUCUUGUGCUGCCUUGAUCGACUUCUUUGCUUGCUGCGAAGAGAGCCUGGAAACGAUCUGCUGGCUAGAUCGUGUGCCAUCCUCUUCCAAUCCUGCAGACGACCCCUCACGUGGCGUGAGCAUCCGAGGUGCACCACGUGUCGAUCUUGACAUGAAUCUCUUGAGUCGCGCGCUUCCUGAAGUCUUUGGGUGA